GACGCGACGCCGCGGUUGUGGGGGUAAAUCAAGAUCAAGAUCUGCUGUAUUCAAUUUCAUUCAAUUACCGUUAAUGAUCAUCAUGGACACAGCAAUCUGAGAUGGAUAUUAUCUCCAGGAAUUAAACAUAGACUCUACUCACAUUGACAAUCUUUUAUUCUGCGGUUUGGUUGAGGAUAAAGAGAGCCAAGAUGUUCAAGAAACUGAAGAGACAGAACAAGGAUAAGGAGUUUGAAUGGACGAAGAAUGAUGACAAGGUGAUGCAUGCUAUUGAGGUGGGUGAUAUCGAGAAGCUUCAGGUAACUCUCGCUAAGAAAGGAACAUCACCUACCAAACUAGAUGGAGAUGGAAGAACACCCCUUCAUGUGGCAGCUCAGAAGGGGCAGUAUCCAUGCCUUGAAGUCUUGCUUCAGCUAGGGGCUAACCCAAGGGCAUCUGACGGCCAAGGUUGUACUGCAUUACACUGUGCUUCAAAGGGAGGUCAUUUAAACUCCAUGCACAGGCUGAUAAAGGCUGGAGUACCCAUCAAUGCACAGGACUUCAACGGCAAGACUGCAUUGCAUUUCUCUGCUGGUAGUGGUCAUAUAGAGAGUACCAUCCUGCUACUGCAAUGCGGAGCUUCUGUUGAUAUACCCGAUGAGUAUGGCAAGACGCCUUUCAUGGUAGCAGCAUCAUCUGGUCAUGCCGGUGUGUGUAAAGAUCUUAUUGAUAGAAGAGCUGAUGUCAACAGUCAAGAUCAUAUACAGAAGACCCCUCUGAUGGCAGCAUGUGAGAACGGCCACAAGGACACGGUAGAGCUGCUUAUCAAGAGAGGAGCUAGGGUAGAUCUGUGUGAUGCCCAGGGGUAUGAUGCCAAGUAUUAUGCUGAAGGCAGUGGACAGGACAACCUAGCGGAACUCCUGGACAGCGCCCCAUCGGUAGCUACUUGGGAUGUUCGUAACGAGGAAGAGGAAGCUUAUGAUGAAGUAGCCCCCGAUGCUGUGGAUUACAUAGAUACCUUUGAUGUGGGCAAUGAGAGAGCAGACUCGCCUCCCCCGAAUAAAAAUCAACAGAAUAAUAUUCCUGCAGACUUCCCAACUCCCAGCCGAGCAGUCAGUAUGCCAGCACUCACUAAUAAUCAGACGGAUGACCUUAAGGAGUUAGAGGAAGAGAAUGACUUUCUGAACGAAGAACUCUCCAAGGUGAAUGUGGCACACAAGAAAGCACUAGAGAGGAUUAGAUUACUUGAAAGUAAAGCUAACGAAAUAGAGCAGGUGGACAGUUUUAAGCAGAGGCUAGAGGGUGAGGAGAUGAAGAGGAAAGAAGCAGAGAAAGAGAUUAAUGAUCUCAAGAAUAAACUCAGUUCCAUGAAGCUGAAGGAGAGCAAAGAUUCCUUUGAAGAAGAUGAUGAAGAUGAGACAAACUCUGUUGGAAGCUGGGGUGAUAGUGAAGACGAUCUCUUUGGUCUACCUGGAACCAAGAAAUCUCCCGGAAAACCUCUGAAUCUAUCCAUGGACAUCAACUCUCCCAAACAUAAGUCCGACACCCAACGUUUCAAGGCUGAGGUAGAGGAACUACGCAAAGAGAAUGACAAUCUCAAAAACCAAUUAGAGUCCGGUGAGGUGACCCCAGCAGGAACAGUAUCCCGGGCUGAGUUUGAGCGUCUGCGUCUCUCAUCCAACGGCAGGAUAGCAGACCUGGAGGAGGAGCUAGCCAGUCUCAAGGAGGAGCUUGAGGAGACGGACCGGGGUAACAUGGUCCCGUACGAGGAGUAUCGGGAGCUGAAGGAGGCCAACGAGGAGGAGCUUAGUGUCGUAAAGCUGGAGAACAUCGUCUUGAAGGAUGAGAUCGGAAACGUCUCUCAGAGACUUGCAGAAAUGACAGAUAGAAAGGAGCGACUCCAGGAGCAGGUGAUCGAGCAGCAAGAGCUGCAGCUGAGACCAGUCAGUAGUUCAUCGGCUGACUUCAGAUACAACGAGCUCGUCCAGGAGAAACUAGAGAUGGAGGAGAUCAUCAGCAAGCAUUCUGAAGUCCUGGCCAAGCAAGCCGAUGACAUCGAGUCCUACAAGAAGGAGAUUGGUGUACUGAAGACUGAGAAGGAUGCCCUGGAAGCGAGACUGGGAGAAGGGAGCGGGUCAGGGAGCAAGGAGGAGAUGGAAGCAUUGAAGAAGGAGAAUAAUAGACUCCAGGCUAUGAUUACGAAACAAUCCAAAGCCAUAGCGCAACAGACGGACAGGAUGCGUAAGGACAAGAUCAAGUACAGUGAGCUAGCGGCGGAGAGAGAUCAGCUGGUCAAAGAGAUGCAGGCGUCUCAGAGGACUGGGGUCAACGGGGACGGGGAAUCGGAGGAGAGGCGGGAGCUGGAGAAAGAGAACAGGAGACUGAUGGAGAGGGUGGGGAUGCUGGAGAGACGGGCAGAGAGCGAGGAGGAGGAGAGCAUGAGAGUCGAAGAGUUGACGGCGGAGAAUUGGAGAUUGCAGGAUGCGGUGCGGAAAGCGGAGGACGAGAUGCUGGUCAAGAGUGCUCAGCUUUCAAAGCUACAUGCUGUGAAGACCCCUAGUAGCCAAGGACUAGAGGCAGAGAACAAAAGACUGAAAGGAAGGAACAAAGAGAUGGAGAUUGAACUCGCGAAUAAGAGGGACGGAGAGGCCGCGUACUCCCAGAUCCUCGCUGAGAACCUCUCGUUGAAAACGAGGUUAAGUCAGGUUCAAGAUUUCGGGAAUGGUCUUCAGAAUGGUAGCCCGAACUCAAAGCAAUCAGCAGAGGUCCUGGCUGAGAAUAGAAGACUGAAAGAAACCAUCAAGAAGAUGGAGGGAACGAAGAAUGAUGGAAUGAUGAAUGGGAUAGAUGAUGGAGGAGGAGGUGGUGGUGGAGGAAAGGCAAACCUGAAAGAAGUAACAAGAUUAAAGCAACAGAUAGCUGAGAUGGAUGGUAGGCAUAAAGAGACUGUCAACAUCUACAGAGCACACCUACUCAGUGCUGUACAGGAUGAGAUCAGUUCUGAGGUAAAGGAAGCCCUCCAACAGAUCGUCAAACUUCGUCACGAAACACCGGUCACAUGACACCACUACUAUGCAAUGAAGAUUUGAUAUCUAGAACACUUCAACUCCUGCGUGGUUCAUGUCAAUGAUGCAAAGUGGGGUAGCUAGAAGAAUAUGAAGACAAUAGUGUGAAGGAAAGGAUGAUGACACAUCGAGGCUCUAAUUAGUGAUGAAAGUGCAACUUGGAAUGGAUCCUAGUAAUGGUGCCAGCUGAUCGAGUCUGUCUACAGUUUGAGCCGGAAAGAAGUAACAUUUUGAGACAAAAACUGUCUGCUGCCAGCAAAGAUUCAAAGAGUAGAAUGAAAAGUGAGAGAAAUACCAAAAAAUGAGGUGCUCAUCCUGCUGUCAAGAUGUCAAAUGGAAUACAUCAGAUGUUGAUUUCUUUAUUAAAUUAUUCUUGUUACUGUUGAAAGAGACAACAUACAAAAAUUUAAGGUCAUUCCAUUAUCAAUUCUAACCAAUAGGUGUAUUCUUAUCUUGCCAUUUGCGAUCAUGUACACCGUUUUUUAUCCUGACUUGGCUGAGAGCCAGGAGAGGAUAAGUCAUGAAACUUGAGUUAACACCCUUCUCGCUGGUAGAGAUGUUAUUCCUUUUUCUUAACCAAAACACAAAUGUAUGUGCAAACUGAAUUUAUCCCACCAUUUGUGUGCACUUUAUGCAAACCUUCCAUGCAAACCAUUACUCCAUUACCUCACACUGAAUGCAUUAUACAUAUAUUCAUGAUAAAUGAGGCUUUAUUUCCAUAUCCCGCAGGCUUUAUAAAGGGGAAAAGACCAUGUUUUGAUUAUAAAUGUAUUAUAAAUACGUAUCAGUGUGGUUUCAUGUAUAUACAUGUAAUGGUCUCCUUGUCAAAAUAGUGAAUACAUGUACAUGUACGGUAAAUUAAUCUGUUAUAUUCGAAAUUUAUUCAAAUAUGAAUAUGCAAAAUGUUUUCUUCAUCAAAAGGGGUAUCUAAAAAGAAGUCACACGAAGGAAAAAAUAUUAUGAAUUAUAUUUAAAUUCAUAUACUGCCAGAUUCAGGAAAAAAUCACUUUUUAUGAUGAUAUGAAAUGAAGAAUGAGAAAUUUGUGUUAUGAGGCUUAGUGUCCAUACUUUUAGCAUUGGAAAUUUGUGAUUAUUUAUAUGGUAAAUAGUUACAUUACGAUGUGGAUUGUACAUAAACAACUACGGUAGGUAUAUUUAUCAAUUGCAUACUGAAUAUACCCAAUGAAAUUAUGGUUUUUAAUCUAGGUUACAAUUAUGUCGCAUGCCAAAUACCUACUAAAGUAAUAUUCACAAUUUUUUUACCCUGUAUUUUUCACUUGUGCAGUUCUAGGGGGAUCUUUUACAUUGCUUUGUUCAUUAAUUUCAGCUUGGAUCACAUCAAAAUGAUUUUUGAUUGAAUAUGAUAAUUUCGCUCUAUUCAAAAUUAUGCAAAUUUCUUGCUUGUGUCUACUCAUGGGUGUCAUACAUUUAACAGCUUUUGAAGAUGUUAAUUUAUGUAUUCAUUUUUUAAAAUCAAGAUACAAUAUGAAAUGGGAUUCUCUUCCUGUUCAAGUUAUAAAUUGAAUCUAACAUUCGUCAAAACUUUGUGUAAACCUAAAUUACUAGCAUACAUGUAAAUUGGUAAAAUGUCUCUGCUUGCACAUGAUCAAUGGUUUAAUUAUUUUGAUUGUUGUGCUGUUUUCAGUUCGGUAACAAAUUUUGAAAUUUGCUUUCAUCAAAGGUAUUUUGUUUUCUACUGCUCUUUAUAUGAAAAAUCCAAGACACAAUGUCAUGACAUACAUGAACAAUAUUUUACAUGCCAUGUAGCUUUCUCAAAAUAUUUCAUUACUUGGUAUAGCCCAUAGUGUGCGUGUGUGUGUGUAUGCCUACUACUUCAAUGAAAUUGGAUGUAACAUUUUGACGCUGUUUAAGAUGACAUAUUGGCUUCAACAUUUCUUUAUGCGCUUAUUUAAUUGUGUAUCUAAUCUAUAAUCUUGACCUAAUGUUUAACAAUGGUAGUUUGAAACUUCACUAGCUUAUCAAACACUUACAGAGAUGUAUUUUCCUGUGAUAAAGCAGACAUAAUUUGAGAUUGAUUGAGUACUAUUAACCAGUAUUCUGUUCAGUAUUCUCAUGGUCGGGCAGUGGGUACCGUAACUUGUUACUCAGCCAUUUAAAGGGGAAGUCUACCCUGAUAUUGAGUUGGUUGUAAUAAAAGUGGGGGAAAAGGAGAAACAAAUUAGUGAAAGUUUGAGCAAAAUCUGAUUAGAAAUAGGAAAGUUAUGAAUUAUUGAAGUUGUCAUCAGUGAAACACAAAUUGGCAACACUGUGACAUAUCAUGUGAGCUGGUCUCCAAUCUGCUCUUUGGCAUUGCUUGUUAAACCUGAGAUGAUGAUUAUCCUAUAGCACCGUGAAAGCAUUCAAACAUCAUGGAGCAACUUUCAGUAUUCAAUUUGUAAUGUAUAAGUCAUGAUUUACCGGUAAAUCAUGAUUUUUACUUCCCCCUGUGGCGAUACUAUUGUAGUGGUUGUGAUAGUCUUAAAUACAGGUUAUAUGUAGGUUUAGCACUGUAUUUCACCCCAUUAGUCUUCCUUUUUCUGUAGAUAAAUAUAUCCAGAGACAUGUUCAGGUGAAAAUUGGAUAUUUAAGGUAUUGUUAUUACAAUAAGAGUAAUUUAUAUGAUAAAUUGAUUGUUAAUACAUGUACAUGUACUUUGGUAUUGAGAUAGCUUUAAAUGCAUAUAUUCAUGCACAUAUAUAAGACGUAGAUUAGAAGGAUAGAAAGAUAGAUGGGGGAGAGAAAGAGAGGGAGAGAGAAUAAGUGAGAGAGAGAGAGGGAGAGAGAGAAUAGAAUGAGAAAUAAUUAAAUUAAAUUAAAGAACAGAUGUUAUUUGUAAUACCUCAGUCAUACCGAUGAGACAGAUGCCUGACCAGCACCAAACUGAACAAAAAGUAACAUUGUGACGCGUGUCCAAGGAAUGGUCAGUUCAGCGUCUGCUUCACAACGUGACCAAGCUAGGACCUACCCACACCCCUUGAUUAAAAUGAUUGCAGGAUCCAUGUUGUGUUUACUGUCCAUGAUAAACAACACAUGUACAAAUAUUAGAGGAAAUCUCCUUUUUAAAUAUCUAGUUUGCUUGACAUAUAUGCUCGUACUUACGGGUAAGCAGUAUGUGUUUAGAUGAUUUACAUGCAGAGAAAUGUACAAACCACCAGGAAAUGCCACCGAAAAAGACUUAACUAUUUGGAUGCAUAACAUUGUUAGACAAGGCAUUUUUGUAUUUGCUUGUCCUACCUAUAACAACACUCAAUGUGCAUUAAUUCUGAAAAUUGAAAUGCAAAUAUUUGUAACAGGUGAAUUAAAUUAUUUGUAAUGAGGCACUUAAUACAACAAAAAUUUGUGCAUUAAAUUUGAUCAUAUUACGAAAAUGACCCAUUUGGAUUAUUAGGUAUUUAUAAAGUUACAUUCCUUGCAUGUUUUGAGAACUGUACGUAUUGUAAAAAUAGAAUUAACCUUGUAGCUAUAUCCAGAUUAGUUCAUUCAGAAGUCAUUAAGAUCACUGUGUGAUAUAUACUGUAAAAAGGAAGCUCAUUAAUACUUAUUUUAUUUAUUUGUCAUCACUUUCUGAAAUGUUGAUCAUGUGAUCUCUGGCAGCCAGUGAAAAGCAAGAAGCUGCUUUCUGGCUCAAGAGAUGGGAUAAGUGAAUUAAAAUAUUAGAUGUAUGAUCUAUAUCACAA